CGAUUCUGUGUGCAAUUGAGGAAUGCGGAAAAACAGCUCCUAGCAGUUUUUUUUUUUGCUUCUCACCUCGCCUGCUUCUUCCGAAAAUCUGCUUUUCAUUAAUGCACACCAUUUUGUUUUUCUUCUUCUUUGCAAAGAACCGAACAGAGAGAGAGAGAGAGAGAGAAAAUAAGUAGCCGUUCUUGGAUUGCCGAGACUGGAAACCCGCGGAGCGGUUUAAAAUCAAGCGACGAGGAAUCGGAGUUUACCGGAGUUUUCAGAGCCGGUGCUUGAAGUGCCCUCGCUGGAUUCAACCACUGCAUAUCAGCCGCUUCUGCGAUUUACACUAGGAGGACAAGUAAUGUCAGCCGAGAAGGAGAGGAUUUUCAGAGCGUUGAAGGAGAUGGUACAGAGACCCGGGAAUGGGGUCUGCGCCGACUGUGGGUUGCCAGAACCUGAAUGGGCUUCGACCACGCUCGGAAUCUUCAUUUGCCUCAACUGUUCGGGGAUCCAUCGGAACAUUCCGGAUGUUAGCGUCAUCAAAUCACUCCUCCUGGACCCUUGGAAUGAUUCCCAAAUUCAGCACAUGGCCAGUCAAGGAAAUGAAGCAGCCAAGAACAAGUAUGAAGCAUUUGUUCCUGCCUACUAUUACAUCCCGACGUACAAGGACUGCCAGGUGCUGAGGGAACAAUGGAUACGAGCAAAGUACGAACGCAAGGACUUCAGCGAAGAGAACAAGAAACUGGCUUACGCCACUGGCUACAGAGAAGGGUUUCUAUGGAAGCGUGGCAGGGAUAAUGGGCAGUUCCUGAACAGGAAGUUUGUCCUGUCGGAGGCUGAUGGUGUCCUGAAGUAUUUCACGAAGAACGACGCUAAAGAGCCCAAGGCUGUGAUUAAAGUGGACAACAUCAACGCUACAUUCCAACCAACCAAAAUUGGAAAUCCUAACGGCCUCCAGCUCACGUACCUGAAGGAUAAUAGCACGCGGAAUAUUUUUGUUUACCACGAAGAGGGAAAGGAGAUCGUGGACUGGUUCAACGCCAUCCGAGCCAUCCAGUUCCACUACUUAAAGGUGGCUUUCCCUGGGGCGAGUGACCAUGAGCUGACGCACAAACUGACCCGAAAUUUCGUAAAGGAAGGUUACAUGGAGAAGACUGGGCCCAAGCAAACCGAAGGCUUCAAGAAGCGAUGGUUCACACUCGAUCAUCGGCGCCUGAUGUACUACAAGGAUCCCCUGGAUGCAUUUGCCAGGGGUGAGGUCUUCAUCGGCAGCAGUGACAAUGGCUACAUGGCCAAAGAGGGACUUCCUCCUGGCACGCAGGGCAACGGGAGCUGGCAGUUCGGCAUCACCAUAGUAACGCCGGACCGGCACUUCCUGUUCACCUGUGAGACGGAAAGAGAUCGCCGGGACUGGAUAGCGGCCUUCAAUGGAGUGAUGAAUCAGCAAAUGUCACCACAAGAAUACACAGUGGAAGCUUACUUCAAGCACAGACGGUAGACGACGUUGGCCAACCUCUGACCUCCUACCCACCUUUACAGACAGACCACACAAUGCUGCUGGAAGACAUGUCGCCAACCUCUCCACCCAUUACUGAUGGAAGCAGAUGCCGGCUCCCCAGAAUCCCAGCUUCAUCCUCCUGUGGGCUGGCAGAUGGGAACAGCCUGGGGAUGAAGAGGGACAGACACGCCCGGCCUCAUUAAGGGUUUCAUUAACUGACUUACUCAGAAGUGACCACUCCUUUGCCUCUGGCGUGGCAGCGCUGCAAUUAGCUUGUUGGUGGGAACACAGUCAAUAGGUCAUGUUCUCCAGCUGCCAUUCCUGGUGGGGAGCUCUUCAGGAGCUGGAAUUGCAUGCUGUGAGGCACAGUUCACUGAGAUCAGAAAGCCCCAGCAGAAUUAUAUGCCCCAUGUAAUUAAUUAGGGAACAAAAUAGAAUAGGAAAGGGGGAAAAUGAUCGACAGAAUAAGAGAAGGGCAUUCUUCAGAGGCAGAAUGAUAGGACAAGUGCAAACAGGGUACUCAGAAGAAGAGCAUAAGACCUAGGAGCAGAAUUGGGCCAUUUGGCCCAUCAAGUUUGCUCCAUCAUUCCAUCAUGGCUGAGUUAACCCCAUUCUCCUCCCUUCCCCCGAUGCCCUGAUUAAUCAAGAACCUACCAACCUUCAUAUAUCCAAUGACAUGGUUUGCACAGCCGUUUGUGGCAAAGAAUUCCUCGGAUUCGCCACCCUCUAUAUUUAACCAAUACUCUAGCUCCCUGGAAGGCUUAGAUUGGACAGUGUAAAGGAGUUUUCCUUUGUACUUAACCCUUAGCUAACCUCCCUGGGAGCCAAAGGAGGGACUGUGUGUAUCUAAUCCUUGCUUAACUUCCCUGGAAGAGUUUAGUGGGACCUGGUAGAGGGAUUGAUCGAUCCUCGUAUUCUAAAUUGUAUUUAAUUCACUGUGGAACAAGAAAGCAGGAUACCCGAAACAUGAAAAUGCUCGAUUCCUCAGUACUGACAUCCCGAACUUGUUCAGCCCCCAGAACCUCAAUGAUAUUUCUCCUCUCAGUUCAGAGGCUCUUGCAGCCACUCAAGAAGGACCAGGGCUUUAGGCCGUUUGAGUACCCACCCCACCGGUGGUCCCACCAUGGUCUGAAGCCCUGUUUCAGAUACAGUAAGGCAACUGCUGAUCAGCGAUGGUGAAACAUUCCUCAACGCAUUAAAUACUCUGACCGGGAAAAUAUAAGGAAAAAAAAAUGACAUGUAAACCUUUCAAUAAAAUGGUGCAAUUUUCCUGAUAUUUCCAAAACAGUUUG